GAAAGGAGUUUGAAAACUAAUAUUCAUUUUAUAAUGACUACUCUGUGGCUGUUUCUGCACUUUAUAAUACAUCUGAAUAUAUGUGAAAUUCUAGCAGGAAUACCUGGUAUCAAAUUACGAAGUAUGAACUUUGACGAUGAAAAUCAACAGCUCCCAGAAUUCCAUUCGGUGGCGGGUGGACGAGCUGAGCUGCCAUGCAAUAUAACACAUUACUCCUCCGAGGAUAAAGUAUCUCUAGUUUUGUGGUAUAAAGAAGAUGCCAGAGCCCCCAUUUACAGUGUCGAUGCUAGGAAUAGCCCACUUGAGAAAGCGAAGCACUUUCCGGGCACUACUUUAGGCUCAAGAGCCUACUUUGAAACUUUUUCAAAACCUACGGUUCUUAGGAUAGAACCGAUUCAAGAAAAAGACGCUGGAAUAUACAGGUGUAGAGUGGACUACAGAUGGGCAAGGACUUUCACGCAUAGCAUGAUUUUAAAAGUUAUUGUUCCACCAAAGGAAACUGUCAUUUUAGAUGAAGAAAAUAAUGAGCUAUCUGGUGUAAUUGGUCCUUAUGAUGAAGGUUUGGGACUGAAACUUAGAUGCGAAUCAAUAGGAGGUAUUCCACCACCGGCAGUCACGUGGUGGAGAGGAUCAACUUUAUUAGAUGAUACGUUUGAUACCUUGGCUGAUGGAGUUGUUAGAAACGAUUUAGUUAUUCCAAUUCUACAGAGAUCUGAUCUUCUCAUGGUUAUCACGUGUAACUCAAAUAACAACAACGCCACUGUUGCUGUUGCUACAUCAGUAAAAAUAAAUUUAAACCUGAAACCAACUGAAGCAAGAAUAACGUCUCUUCGGCGUACGCUAUCAGCAGGAAGAAGGGCAGAAUUAGAGUGUACCUCAGCAGGUUCACGUCCAGCAGCUCGUAUAUCAUGGUGGAUUGGAACGACGCAGCUUGCGAAUACAACAGAAAGCUUUUCACCAGAUCGCAAUCGAACGACAAGUUUAUUGAACUUCUGGCCAACAGGCGAUCACAAUAACAAAUACUUAGGAUGUAGGGCUGAAAAUCCCAUGCUGCCAGGACAAGCAGCUGAAGAUGGUUGGACGCUAAACGUUUCUUAUAUUCCAAGGGUGAAGCUAAAUAUAAAGAUAGAUCAUGGGAAGCACCAAUCAGCUAGCGAAGGAAGUGAUGUCCGAUUCUUAUGCGAAAUUACUGCCAAUCCUUGGGUAACGGACAUUGGGUUCCUCUCAGAAGAUGGGCGGAUGGUUAAUGAUCCAGAUACCGGCAUAAUAAUAGACAACAAUACAUUAAUCAUCAAAAGUGUUCAGAGAAAACAUGCAGGAAAUUACCAGUGCCAUGGCAUGAAUUCUGAAGGAACUGGAUUAAGUGAGAAAGUUAAUUUAAAAGUUAAUUAUUCGCCUAUAUGUCGAGCUGGUCAAAAGAUAGUUUACGGUGUAGCAAAGGAAGAACCAGCAAAAAUCGAAUGCAGUGUGGAUGCUGAACCGUCCGAAGUUAGUUUCAGAUGGAAUUUCAACAAUAGUGUGGAGCAGCAUGAUAUCCUUUCUUUUACGAGUUCUGGUCCAACUAGUAUAGCAACCUACAUACCCCGGUCAUUAAAGGACUUUGGGAAACUUUAUUGCUGGGCGAAGAAUAAAGUUGGAGACCAGCAAGUUCCAUGCAUUUUCAAUGUGAUACCUGCAGGGCCUCCAGACCAGGUUCGAAAUUGCUCUGUUACUAACUACACUGCGGAUUCAUUAAGAAUUGAGUGUGAAGAAGGUUACGACGGAGGAUUACAACAAAAAUUUUAUUUGGAAGUUUAUAAUGAGGCUCAAGAAUAUUUAGAAAAAAAUCUAACUAGGCUUGAGCCUCUUUUUGUAGUCCAAGAUAUACAAUCAUCGACAGAAUAUUUAUUAGUUGUUUAUGCCGGUAACAUGAAAGGUAGAAGUCCUUCUGUUGUAAUAAGAGGAGCAACGGAAGCAUCGCCAAGGACAGAACAAGAAUUUGCAUUCCAUACUUUAUUUCCAGGAUUUGCUUCUGAGUCUAUAAACAUUAUUCUCGGUGUAAUGAUUGGAGUUGUUGCUGCUCUGGUGUUUGUUGCCGGAAUUGCUGUUUUCAUAAUAAGAAUGAGAGAAGAAGAAAGAGAAUCAGGAUCCGGGGAAGGACCAGCGAGGGAAAAAGAUGAGAUUCUACUGAAAAAGAAUCUAGUUGAUCCCUCAGAACAUGAUGGCAAAGAUCCUGACGUGAUUCCUCCUCAAAAUGCUUAUUGUGCAGAAAUGGAACAAGGUGGUGGAAUACCAAACAUGCUUUUGCCUCCCAAUGAAUACAUUGGUCCGGAAGAACACACAAACUAUAGAAUAGAAGCAGUUCAGGAGAUGACGUUUGAUCAGGUGCCACAAAAAAAUCCACUUUAUGAAUCCGGUUACACGGGUAGCCUUCAGAGAAACCCGAAGCACCGACAAGAAGCUUACAUUGAUUUUUGCCCUAAUCAACCAGUUGUUGCUUCCAACCUUUGCCAAUACGAUGCCAGCGCUGUGCCCUUUGCUACUUUGGACUAUCAUAGGCGUCCACCAGUAGGAAUGAUGGCAGGCGUCAUGCCACAUCCUGAGCAACAAGAGGAAGAUGGUAUGCGAAAUAAGACGCUACCGAGAGGUAGAACUGCAGUGCACAAUCCUAAUUUCCAUGGAAAUAGGGAGGUGUAUACACCCCCUCGAGGCAGGAGAACAACAAUCUCAACGCCAGUGUGAUGUACAGUCUUAUAAAUCAAUGAAGAGCUCCAAGAUGAAUUUGACAAUUUUGAUCAAUUGUCAUUCGAAUUGAAAGACAUUUCAUUUGUUUCAAUUCAAGGGUUCCUUAGAACCAAGUGAAGAGAAAGUAUAAUUGACAGAAUUUUAAAGAAGAUGAUGUGUUGUUCAAAGAGAUAGAUUUAAGUCACAUUUGGCUUCCAGCUGUUAAAAAUUGCUCAGAAAUCAAAGUUUUUUUUUCAGGAUAAAAAAUAAAUUUCUCUUCGUUGAAUUUCUAUAACCCAUUUUUUUUUUAAAUUUUCUAUUUAUCGUUAGUAUCUCUAAAUAAUAUUUAGUUUAAUUAUUUUUUUUCUCAAAAAAUUACUUUCAUGAGAAUUUAUUUUAGGCCUUUAAUUUUUUUCUUGAUAAAUGUCUGAGUCUCAGGUCAUUCAUCAAACGUAUUAUAUACAUUUUUAUAAGUCUAAAAUAUACCUACUUUUUAUUUUCAUUCAGAAUAGCUUACACAUGUUUAUAUGAGACCAAAUGAAUCAGAAAAGUUCACAAUAGUUGUUCAUAAUAAUUUUUAAUUAAUUUAUUUUUCAAUAAUUAAUCAAAUUAUUAAUUAAUUAAUUAAGUAAUAUUUAAUUAUAUAAUCAAAUUAGUCCGUGAAAUACGUCGGCUGUAAAAACGUUAGACUGUAACUAAUAUCAAAAAUAAAUUUCAUCGUGAAAGUGUACAGAAAGAGAUGUCUAGAUCUUUUAAAGUUUUUUCUUUCCAUUUAUUACUCAAAAUGCCUGAAAUAAAGCUCAAAUAAAUAAAAAUAAUGAUAAAACUACGACAGGCUCUUAAAAAAGAUGAAGAAGAUUAACUUAAAAAACUGAACCCUUUCUCUACAUUUUUUUACACUUCUAAGAACAAAUGAUUUAAUCCACCGGAGUCUUAUAACUCAAGGAAAAAUUUUAAAGAUCUUUCAAUUUACUUUUGCUUACUCUUAUGUAAAUCUUAUUUAAAAAAAUAAUAAUUUGACUAUUUCUUUCUUUUCUUUAUUUUCUUUUCCUAGGAAGAAUACUUAAUGUUACUAACAUGUUACAACUAAAUGAACGAGUAGACACGUAUAAAUUGAGUUAUACACAUAUUUUAAAGAAGCAAAAAGGUAAUAAUAUAAAAAAAUUUAUAUAGGUAAUAAUAUAAAAAAUUUUACUUAACUAAUAAUCAAUAUCGUUCUUUUCUUUUCAAAAUUAGCUUUACUCAUUUUGACAUAGCUUCUAACAGAUUUGUUUCAUCAUACCAUUUUUAUAUCAUAUUAGAAUCAAUGAAUGAGUAAGCCUAUUUCUCCCUCUGCAAUCCAAUUUUGUUCUUAAUUCAGACACCUCAUAACUAUAAAAUACAUUUGUAAGUUGCUGGCCCAAUCAUCCGAUAUUACAAAGUAUUCUUUCACUUUUAUUGCGAGAUAUGUCGAUGAACCAAAUCCUGUUAAACAAAUUCCACUUCUGAAUGAAAACGCCUUGUUUAAUUCUGACUUAACAUUUUUUGCCAUUUUACUGAUACCUGAUCAUCAUUUCUUUGAUAGGAAAGAAGUGUUUUACACUGUCACAAACAGAAAAUAAAUUAGCCUUGGUUCAAUUAAUGAUCCAGUUACUCCAAUUUAUUAACGAGGUU